CCCUACUCCCUUCCAGCCGCGUCUCACACCAAUCAGAUACUGUCUUUAUCCUGGUGGUGGAGAUGCCGUACCAGGUCACUGUGAAGGCUGCGCCGGUUCACAACCUUGUCCGAUCCGUCCCUCCUCGAGCGCGAUACCACCUCCACGAGCACCGCUGAUGUUCUACCAAGCCCGACGACGCUUCUUGGCCGGCUCCUCUACCCUCGUUUCUCCCUCAUCCUCCUCGCGCUCUUUUCGCUUCCUAUGAUCCGGAGUACCAAAAUCAUUGUUGAGGCCUUGCAUAUCCAGUAGAUCGUGGACUGCGUAUGGAGAUCCACUGAUGUGCUGCGGAUCCGCUGGCCCUUCUUGAAGAAGAACGGAUAAUGUGUCCUUGGUUUCAAAUUCGACCCUUUUACGAAAGGUUCCUUGGUGGUCGAUGAACGACCGAUCGCCGACCGACCCGGGAAGCCUAUAGCCGUUCACGAUAAAUCUCGCCGCCCGUUUAGACAACUGUUCCAGCAGCACCUCGAGCUCGGGACUAUGUCGAGGCAAACGACAGAAGAUAUGGCCCGAUCCAGAAUACUUCCCCUUAAUCUUCUUCGGCUUUGACUCGAGUUCAAAGUAGAAACGCGUCGCAACGAGGCAACGCGCGACGACAUCGACAUCCUCCGACCGACAGAACUGCUCCCGAGCUUUUGUUGUCAGCCCGCGCAUCCCGCCCGUAUCGUCCAAGUCGACCUCUCUGUCCAGCUCAACGUCAAACCGGAAAUACCGCCCGUCCAAUUCUGCCCGUCUUCCAUUCUUGAACGCCUGGGCAAUUUUUUGACCGUUGAUCAAUUCCAUGAAGGCUCUGUAUGACCGUGGCAGGAAUCCCUCUCUCCAGAUCGCACGUAGUCUGCUGGAGUGUGACGUGGGUACGCGUGGUCCCGAGGACCCGGUACCGAGGGAGACGACCACAUUGGGCCUUCGGAUCAGUGGCCACACCACCGGGAUUUCCCACAGGGCAAGGUCGACGGGAUUGUUCCUCCACAGGGCUCCGUCUUGAAAGGUCCCAACCCCAGGAAUGCGCUUUGCUGGAAAGUACCUCGUGGCCUGUGAGCUGAUCAGAACCUCGAAAGAGGCGGAAGGGAACAUACCACGGUGCCGCAGCUCCGCUCAUCGCUCUUGUUUGCAAUAUCAGCCAUCUUCUCAUGCUCCAACAAACCGUGACGGAAGGAAAUGGACACUCACAUCUCCCACAGUCGAAUCCUUUUCCGCCCAUCUUGUGACCGGACAAUGCGGUAUCCUGUUCAUCCAUUAGAGGUCGCUCUCACCUUGUCAGUUCGAAUCUCAGCGUACCGCAGUCCUGCGGCCUCGGUCCCGCCCCGUUAUAGUUGGUGAAGAGGCACGGGUCCGUUUCCAGGACCGUGGUUACCGGGAUUCCCACUUUCGCGCCGAUCGCAGUUGCAUGGGAGUUGUCCAGAAUGCCCAUGUCGCCGCCGAAAACUUCUUUUAGCGCAGCUUCCAAAUUAUCCGCUGGAUACAGACCGUCGGCCAAAUACGACACGAGAAACCCAAGAAUGUGCGACAAGAUCGGAAUGCGGGACACGACGGGUACGUGGGAGACCCAGCGCGGCCUGAAUGCCCUUUUCGCAAAAGAUUCGAAAAUAUUCGCACAGUCCUCCACCGGCCACCCCAUGAUAAAUAAUGCGAGGACGAUCAGUCCGCCUGGUCCGCGUCAGCGAGGCCCGUUCAGGGGAUCGUGUCCACCUACCGGAACUGGUGCCAAACGAAAUCUCGAAAUUAUCCUGCACUGGGAUCGGUAGGCCCAUCCUGUCCUCCAAGAUUUGCAAAAACAGCAGCGGCUUUACUUUUACCGUCACAUCUCGAAGCGCCAUAUCGCAGAGGAAACAGCGCCGAAUGUCGAACGCCCACCGAUCAUUCUGAUCUGGGUGUCCGAAGACUCGAGGGCAGUUCUCGCAGACCGCGUGGCCACAGGGCAAGUUGUUGUUCUCUGGCGUGCGACGCAAGCAUACGAGACAGGUGUCGUCGCUUCGCACCCGCUUCCAGCGAAGCUUAAACUUCUUCAGAUUGUUGUGAUGGACCGUCAUGGACGGCGUGCCGACGGCAAAGUCCUCGAAACAUUUUCGCAGCUGCUCUGAGACGGCUUGGACGAAGCCAGACGGAAGAAGCAAUUUUAUCGAGCUGUCGUACACAAGCACACCGCUCCUGCCCACUUGAUAGCAGGCGUCUUUAUACAGGGUCUGAAAUACAUCUUCGGGGUUGAACGCCACGGGGCCGUCAGAUUGGUUCCGCCACUCGUGAAAGGAGCUCCGACUUACCGUGCAUACCGGGAGGAUAGUGAUCCAGCAGAAGGCUCGAUGCAAUCAUCGGCACCGCGAAGUUCGUUAGCUCUUCAGGCGAUUUGAUCUGCCUCAGGAAGUUGCACAGAUGCGUGCCUAAGUCCGACGCGACAGGAUUUCGCAAACGCGACGCUUUCACGAAAUCGAACGGCUCCCUCGUGGUUCUGCCAAAGUGGUCGGUCGCAUAUUUGAAGAAUGCGGUCAAGUGCCUCCCAGAGAAAAGCGUCCUCGCCUCGAUCUUCUGCCUCCGACCUCGAUUCAGCACCCGGACCAAGUGUUCCUCCAGUCGCCGGUAGUCCUGUCCUCCGAAGGGGACGGUCACCACCUCGAGAGCCGACACCAUCUCCAGAGGAUUUUUGGUUGUCUCUUCUCUCAGCUCGCCCAGGAGAACCUCCUCGGCCUCCUCGUCGCUUUCGGCCCCAGGGUCUGUGGCUUCCAUCACCACGACCACCCGCGGAUAUGUCGCCUUCGGCAGUGUCGUCGGCCUGCCAUUCUCGAGCCAGGAUGCGAGUCGACGUACCACGGGACCAAACCCGCCGACGUCGGUCGAAAAGAAGCAAAAGACAUCCGCAAACGCACCCAAGAGACGGGAGUAGAGGUGAUCGGCAGCAUCUUCAAUAGCUAGAUCUCGGACGCCUCCCCGGAUGCGAGGAAGCAUCAACUGUCUCGUCUCGUGGCACUCGGCCGAGGACAUCUUUUUCAAGUCCCGGUACGGAAGGUCGCCAUCGGCUAGAAGCACGGGGACGUCAUGGAACACGUCGGGAUUUCCUCGUUGGAGAUGCACUCCGCCGCCACGUUUCCGUCUGCCGGUCGACUUCUGCCUAUGCUUCUCUGCGCCGAGCACACGAAGGGCUGACAAUUUGGCGGUAUGGCCAAUGAAGACCAACAAGCUGGGUUGCCGAAGGUCAGGGCUGGGAAUUUCGUCGAUAAGCGUUUGAAGCCGAUCCGAGAUGUACAAGAUGACUUCGUUUCGUUCGAUGCGGAGGUUGAGCCAAUCGCUGUGAUGACAGCGUGCCAUCAUGACAGCCAAAAUGCGACAGCCAGUAUCGAGACUGUGAGAUGCACAAGACGAGAUGAUUUUGAGAUAUCACGAUGACCGUCAUCCCGUGAGAGAAGCCCAAUCCAGGUCCUUGAACAGCGGGCGAGGAAAAGGAAACAAGCAGAGGGAAGAGACUCAAACAGGCUCCGAAUGCGGCCCUUCGAGAUCCGAUUUUGGGAUCUAGCAUGACUCUGGUUGACGUUUUGGGCUCCCGACAAGAUCCAUCCAGAGUGAUUGACGUUCACCGUCCAUUUCUUCUCGCCAUUCACGUUGAAUUGCCUCUCUUUGCGCGGGUGAAUACAGUGCAGAGCAGUAAUCAUGGUCAUUACUGGAAUUUCGAAGGGCAGGACAGACAAAUACUCCAUCAGCAGGAUGCCUUCCACUAACCAAGUUCAUCAUGUGAAUCGACCACCUGUCGAGCUUGAAGAUCCAAGGUCGACCCCCAAUCUGAAGAGAUACUCCGAGCCACCCGCGUUCAGGCACAGAUGUGCCCUUUGCCACAAGCCCCGGUCUUCGGCUUACCAGAGAGAUCAUCCCAUCGCUCCGGGAGAACAACCGCGUCCGGGGGUCUGUUCGCGACCAGGAUGCAGCGCCCAGAAACGAGCUUGGUCUCUAUCGAAAAGGCCUCCACCGGUGAUGGUCCUGGAAGUGCACUGUUAUAUCUACGAGAACCCUUUCCCGGAUAACUCCACUGGAACUCCUCUCACGGUCGAGCUCCCUGCAGCAGAGCAGGGCCGACAAAAGGAGCUCCUUCGUGGUGAUUAUGAGAAGUCGGCCUGGACGCAGAAGAACCCCAAUCAAUUUGAAGACAAGCAACAAGUUCCAUGGGUCAAUCGUAUGACCAAACCAACUUUUGUACCUCGCUAAGCUGGGAGCUUUUGUAAUGGGUCAACAUCGCGUCCGUACCCACAUCAUCACGGAUCCCAGGCAUCAAUGAAUGCUUCCGUUGUGUUAUUUUCUCUGAAGAUGAUGGUCACUGAUGGAAUUGGCAAUGGAACCGCCGGCCGGUUUUGUUGGUGGAUCGUGUUGCAGGUUUUGCUACGGAUCAUGUUUGACGAGAUUCAGAUAUUGUUCACAUCUAUACCAUACAUUGCUAGUCACACCAUCCUCAUAGGAACUAUCAAUGGGACGGCUAAGUCAUUCUGCGAUUUCGUCCCUGUGGCUAAGGUCAUACUGCCCACACCACAGAUCAACUAACCACCACUGUACCAAGCAUGAAAAAUUGAGCACCUUCCAGCACCUUAAGUUCAGCCGACGACAG